AUGGCGGAACGGAAAGCAGGGCAGUCGGGGGAUAACGCAAGUACAGAGCAGCAGCAACCCGGCUUGUUGCCGAACGGGGAGCACGCGUUGCAGACAGGAUGGUCUUUCUGGUACGACAAGAAGAUGCCCAAGAAGACCCAGGACCAAACACAGUACCAAGCAUCUCUUCACAAGGCGGGAUCGUUCAAUACCCUGGAGGGGUUCUGGAAGAACUACGUGCACCUCAAGCGUCCGUCCAACAUCAGCAUCAACGUCAACGUGUACCUCUUCAGAGAUGAGCGGGGGCACGUGCCCAUGUGGGAGCGCUACCCGAACGGAGGUUGCUGGAUACUGAGGAUCCGGAAAAAGUCCGGCCAGACCAACACCAGCGUCCUGGGAAAGAUGUGGCAGGACCUGGUGUUGGCCGUGGUCGGAGAGAUGUUCGAGGAGCCUAACGUGGUGGGCAUCGGCAUGGCCAUCCGCUCGAGGGAGGACUUGCUGUCGGUGUGGAACGAGGACAACAGCAACGAGAAGGUGAGGUUCAACAUCGGCGAGCGCCUAAAGCAGGUCCUGGACCUGGAGCCGUCGACUCUCAUCGAGUACAAGCACCACCAGACCGCUAUGCAGGACAUGUCCACUUUCAGGAACGCCAAGGCCUACUGCUUCGCCGUGACCAAGGGGCAAUCACAGACCCAGCAAGGGUAA